CACACUUAACAGAUCUUUUUUUUGCUUUUUGAAAACAAUCCACAAAUUGCAAGCGACACCGGGAGGAGAGAGAGAGAGAGAGCGUCCGGGGAAGCGUGAGCAAAGAUGGGGAGCCUCUCUCCGGAAGGACCUGUGACGACAGGGGAGCCGGGGGAGCCGGGACAGGGCUGGCAAGAACGUCUGCAGAAUUUAAAGUCAAGAACGGAACCAAACCAUCUCGACGUCUGCUCAGUAAAACGAGAUUACCACCACAGGGUGUUUGUCAACCGGAGUCUGUCACUGGAAAAUAUCAAAUGCUAUGGCUUUGACAUGGACUACACACUGGCCAUGUACAAGUCUCCGGACUAUGAGGAGCUGGGCUACGAGCUGCUGAUGGAAAGGCUGGUGUGCGUGGGCUAUCCGCACGAACUACUGCUCUACAGAUACGACCCCAGCUUCCCCACACGCGGCCUGGUGUUCGACAACCGCUAUGGCAACCUGCUGAAGGUGGACGCACAAAGCAACAUCCUGAUCUGUGCUCACGGAUUCAAGUUCCUCACAGAAGACCAGAUCGAGGAUUACUAUCCCAACCGCUUCAUCCAGCGAUUCGACACAGACCGAUUCUACAUCCUCAACACACUCUUCAAUCUCUCAGAAACCUACCUGUAUGCCUGCCUGGUGGACUUCUUCACCAACUGCUCCAGAUAUAUAAACUGGCAGACGGGCUACAAGCACGGCGACCUCUUCAUGUCCUUCAAGAGCAUGUUCCAGGACGUACGAGACGCCAUGGACUACGUGCACGAGACCGGCACCCUGAAGAAGAAGACGCUGAAGAACGUGGAGAAGUACAUCGUCAAAGAUGACAGACUUCCUCUCCUUCUCACUCGAAUGAAGGAGGUGGCUAAAGUGUUCCUGGCCACCAACAGCAACUACAACUACACAGAGGCCAUCAUGGAAUACCUGUUUGAUUUCCCCCAGUUCCACAAGCCCGGGACGCCCAAAAAAUCUUGGCGCUCGUACUUUGACCUGAUCGUCGUGGAUACCAGGAAGCCUCUGUUCUUCGCUGGGGGAACCGUGCUGAGGCAGGUGGACACGAACACGGGGAAAUUACGGAUUGGGACAUACACAGGAGGCCUAACAGAUGGAACAGUGUACUCUGGAGGGUCCUCAGACUUUGUGUGUGACCUGCUUGGCGUGAAGGGGAAGGACAUCCUGUACGUGGGGGACCACAUCUUCGGCGACAUCCUGAAGUCGAAGAAGACGCAGGGCUGGAAGACGUGCCUGGUGGUGCCCGAGCUGGCCAAGGAGCUGGAGGUGUGGACGGAGAAGAGCCAGUGUGACGUUUUGUCUCCUGGGAUUCGAACAGAUCUGUUUGACGAGCUGAAGAGCCUGGAUGUGAUUUUAGCCGAGCAGUACAAGAACUUGGACAGCGGGAGCAAGGUGUGUCCAGAUAUCAGCGCCAUCCAGGCCCAGAUCAAGGUGCUGACUCAUGGCAUGGACAUGUGCUAUGGUCUGACGGGCAGUCUGAUGCGCUGUGGCUCCAGACGGACGCUCUUCGCCAGUCAGCUGACGCGCUACGCUGACCUGUACGCCACAUCCUGCCUCAACCUGCUGUACUACCCCUUCAAUUACCUGUUCAGAGCCCCGCCCGUCCUGAUGCCCCAUGAGUCUACGGUGGAUCACAUUCCUCUUGACCUCAAUUUGUCCAAACUGCGAGUGGCCAACCACGCACGGAGGGCCGCAGACACCGAGAAGUUCGCUCAGGAGGAAGUGGGAAAUGACAACAAUUGACACGAGUGUGGAGGAGCACCGCCAGUGUUCAGUAAACGCCUCAACGCCUGCCUGUGUGCCCAGAACCAGAACGCCUGCCUGUGUGCCCAGAACCAGAACACCUGCCUGUGUGCCCAGAACCAGAACGCCUGCCUGUGUGCCCAGAACCAGAACGCCUGCCUGUGUGCCCAGAACCAGAACGACCCAGCGCAGAGAGGGAGGGAGGGAGAGGGAGAGA